AUGCAGACCACCAGGGCACUGCUCAUUUCUCUGGCUCUGAUGCGCUUUAGUACCAGGGGUAUGAUCAGGCCUGUGUCUGCAUCCUUCCUGAGUAGACUAGAGAACCCAUCUAAACAGCCUUCCUGCAGCAGCAGCUCCCCACUCCAGGUGGCCAGACGGGAGUUCCAGACCAGUGUUGUCUCCCGGGACAUUGACACAGCAGCCAAGUUCAUUGGUGCCGGGGCUGCCACAGUUGGUGUAGCCGGAUCAGGGGCUGGCAUUGGAACUGUGUUUGGCAGCUUGAUCAUUGGCUAUGCCAGGAACCCGUCUCUCAAGCAACAGCUCUUCUCCUAUGCCUUUUAA